AGAAUGUCUGCAUAAGUGGGCUAGACCACAUUAUAAGUGUUUGAGGAGCUCCAUUCUUGCCAUUCUUGACUGAGCCCUCUAAACAAACAAAGACAGAAGAGUAAAAGCCCUCUUUCAGUUUUUACUUGGAAAUUGUUUUGCUUUAUCAUUAAGAAAAUGGAUAAAUUCCUUGCUAGCAUUCGUCGAAAGUACAGAGAAAGAGUCUUGAACCGUCAACAGCAGUGGCCACCUGUUUCUGGAGAGAGGUUCAUUAAUUUGCAUUUAGUGCAAGGGGAAAAAAAAAAAGGAUUUAGAGCUGGCUUGCCACAACAUGGUGCACCUGAUAAUAAGACGGUAAAACACACUCCAAUUCUCCAUGGUGACCUAUUUAAAGUCGAAGAAAACAAAAAACCAGUAAGGAAGGUCAUCGUUGAAGGUAAUGCUGGAAUUGGUAAAACCACACUGUGUACCAUGCUUGCUGAAGGGUGGGCAGAGGGUAAGAUCCUGACACAAUUCGACUGUGUUUUGUUGCUUCCACUGAGAGAAAAUCGAGUGUCCUCAGCCACAAGCCUUGCUGAACUUUUCAAACUUCUCCACUCCAGUGAGAAGAUUCGCGCAUCUGUUAUAGAAGAGUUGGAAGAGAGAGAGGGAGAAGGUGUCCUCAUCAUAGCUGAUGGCUGGGACGAGCUUAGUGAAGACAAUCAAUUGGAAACCUCUUUUCUAUAUGACCUUCUAUUUGGUGAUGUUCUUCCAUUUUCUUCUGUUAUUCUCACCUUACGACCUUCUGCUUCAGCUCCUCUUCACAACCUUCCUUCUGUAGAUCGUUUGAUUGAGGUAGUUGGUUUUAAUACGGAGAAUAUUAAGCAGUACAUAGUAUCAGAGUUUGAGCAAUUCCCAGAGAAAGCUUCUUCUCUUAUCGAGCAGCUUGAGAACAACCCAGUAUUUCAGAGUGUGUGUUCUGUGCCCCUUAACUGCGCCAUUGUUUGUAACUUGUGGUAUACUUUAGACCAAGACCUUCCUCGUACGUUAACUGAGCUGUACACUCAAAUUGUUCUCAACAUUAUCCUUCGCAAUAUCAAAAAGAAACUCCCUGAUUGUCCAAUUGGUCUCAAUAGUUUUGACGAAAUUCCAAACGAUCUUCAAGACACGUUUUGGUUGAUCUGUGAGUUCGCCUACGAGUGCUUAUUAUUAGAUCAACUGGUUUUUUCAGAAGCUGAAUUGUCCUCUCGCUUACCCAAAGAUGGUGACAAGUUGCAAUGCUUUGGUCUAUUGCAGUCUGCACGAUCACUUUUACCUUUUGGUCAUGGCUUGUCUUUUCACUUUGCUCACCUGACUAUCCAGGAGUUUUUGGCUGCCCUCCAUCUUGCUACUCUACCCAAUGAGGAGAAACUGGAGGUUGUUAUGGCCCCCCAUACUAGGAGUGUCCGGUUUGACAUGGUGUGGAGAUUUAUGUUUGGUCUUGCUAGUAAGCACAACAGUAGUCGUAGUGAUAAGGUGAUCAUAUUAAAUGUUGGUUUGAUGGAUCAAUUUCUGGUGGUUAAAAAGCAAAAUAAUAUGGCUUUAUGUCAUGUAGCGUUCGAAGCUUCAGAUCCUGGUUUUGCUAUUAAAAUUUGUAAAAAUAUAGUUGGACAAUACAUAUUAACCAGUUAUUUGGACAGCCCCUUUGACUAUGUAACUUGUUUCUAUGUUCUUCGUCAUAUGGCAAAUUGUGAUAAUAUGUUUAUCAGAAUAGCAAAUCUUGCGAUUGAUGAUAAGUUGUUCACAGAACUAACUGACAUACUUUCGAAUGCAGAAGGUAAACUGCAAGUUCGAAACUUAUCCCUCGAGUGGACUAACUUGUCUGACAAAGCUGUUGUUGAUCUCUUCAAGAGAGCCUCAGCUGCCUUUACAGCUUUAGAUUAUCUCUUCUUGUCUAAGAACAGCUUCACUAACAUCGUGUCGUCAUUCAUUCACAUGUCUUGCACGAGUCUCACACGACUAAAAUUAUCCGACAACCCUCUUAGAGUGUCUGGCAUACUGUCUCUAGUGACAGCUGUACAGUCUGAUGCUCUUAUCAACCUGAAGACCCUGGGGCUCUCCAACACCCUCACAGACGAUGCUGAUGUCAAUGGAGCUCUACUGACCACCCUCUUACAGUCCAUUGCCUCUCACUGUACUCAACUUGUAUCCUUAGACCUCUCAGAUAACAGUCUUGGUUUACCUGGAUUAUAUUCAAUUGUGGAGAACAUUCCGUUACAAUUAAAUGAGAUUGAAUUAGGUGCUACCCAUGAUGCAACUUCAUUUCACUCACUUCAAUACGUAGUCACCUGCGAGAUGUUGUAUUUCCAUCCAUAUAAUUUAAAAAGUAUGUACUUAUCUGGCUCCAAUCUCUGUGGAGCCGCCGGAGCUCUAUUACUGGCAAAGUUUCUUCAAGUAUUUCAAACACUGAAGCGUCUUAACUGCUCUUACUGUUCUCUCACCUCUGCUGAUAUCAUAAUGCUUAUCGAUCAUCUUAAGUUCGCUAAUGUGAAAUGUAAAAGUUUAAAUUUGUUGGAUCUCAGCAACAACUACAUUGAUGACGAAGGAGUGAUAGCUCUCACGGAGUGUCUACCAAAUCUAUAUCCUAGUUUGAAGGUUAUUCGUUUUGUUGGUAACCAGAAUGCUAGGCUGAACAACUCGCGAUCGGGUGGUGUUGUUCUUCGUGGUAAUCCUGUGAGCGAGGAGUUGAUAUGCAUAUGUAACGAACACUUGGAGGCCUUUGAGGAAUCACGAAAAACUGCAAUGCUGAAUAACUGUGAAAAUAUGUUUACUACCACAAUAUGUUUACUAGACCUACCGCAAAAUGAAGAGAUGGCCCGUGUUUUCUACAAACCUUGGGAUACGCUACUGUCAAAAUUGAUUGAGGUGGCUGAAGUAUUUGACCUCGACCAAACAGACGAUGAAUUGGACACUCUUAGCGAUGAUUCCAAUUAUGAGAUCUUCUUUCCAGACUAUAACCAAAACUCCCCUCACGCUACAGAAUCACCUAGUGAUGAGCCUACCUGUUCUAGUGUACUGUCUACCCAAAUAACAGAACAAGAGGAAACAUACUCAGUUGUAUCAGUUGCUGACUCUAGUCAAGAUGAAAGAGUUACACCACCCCUCCCAACAUCAUCUCCACGAGCAACUCAAAUCAUUUCAGAGUUGACUCUCAGUGUUCUGGACAAGGAGCUCAAGACCCUCACAAAACCAAUAAAGUUUGGGGUCAGUUUAGGCAUUCCUCAACACAGACUGGAGGUCAUUGAGCAAGACUAUCGAUUCGAUACUGAAGGUCAGAAGAUUGCCCUGUUCCAGUUCAUUGCCAAGAACUACAAGAGUCUAGGAAUAAGUUGGAGCAUUAUUGCUGAAGCUCUCCAUGACAUUGAUUAUGGUGAUUUGUCAUCAGCUGUUAGGGGGAAAUACUGCAUGCACUAGCACGUGACAUUUAUGUAUAAUAGUUGUUCAUUUGUUGACUGAGCUUUUCUUGUAAGGACACACACAUGACCUAUAUUACCACAAUUUGACUGUACUUGAUAUAAUUAAUAUACAUGUAUGGUUGUUCAUAGUCACAUGGAAUAGCUAAUGAACUUAUUUAAAGCUG